GAGAGAAUACAAAGCACAAAUAGCUUUCGUUUUCUCUCUCAUUUCUGUUCCGGCGAAGAGACUCGAAGAUCCGGUGCUCUCGCUUUCUCUCUCUCUCUCUCUCUCUAACUCUCAUUUCUCUUUUAGCGAUUCGCGCUUUCAGAUUCUGCGCUCGAAUCCUGAGCCAAUUCCGAUUCCGAUUAUUCAUCCCCGAAAAUCCACGCACACAUCUAUAUGCUUUGAUUUUUGGAGGGUUGGAAAACAAGUUGAAAAAAAAGAAUGGGAGUAAUAUCGAGGAAGAUAUUUCCGGUGUGCGAGAGCUUGUGUUUCUUUUGCCCUGCAUUGCGAGCGAGGUCAAGGCAUCCAGUGAAGCGGUACAAGAAGUUGCUCGCCGAUAUAUUUCCGCGGUCUCAGGUUGAGGAACCAAAUGAUCGGAAGAUCAGUAAACUAUGUGAAUAUGCCUCAAAAAAUCCUCUCCGUAUCCCAAAGAUCACAAGUUCUCUUGAGCAAAGGUGCUACAGGGAUUUGAGAAACGAGCGCUUUCAUUCAGUAAAAGUUGUCCUGGGCAUCUACAGGAAGUUGUUGAUCACUUGUAAGGAUCAAAUGCCAUUAUUUGCAAGUAGCUUGCUUAGCAUCAUCCACAUUCUGCUAGAUCAAACACGGCAUGAUGAAAUACGUAUUUUAGGAUGCCAAGCUCUUUUUGACUUUGUGAAUAACCAGAGGGAUGGUACUUAUAUGUUCAACUUAGAUGGCUUGAUUCCAAAAAUUUGUCUUUUAGCUCAAGAAAUGGGGGAGGAGGCUUUGGUACUACAUUUGCGUUCAGCUGGGCUUCAGGCCCUUUCAUCAAUGGUCUGGUUCAUGGGUGAAUUCUCCCAUAUUUCAGCUCAAUUUGAUCAUGUUGUUUCGGCUGUCUUGGAAAAUUACGGAAGUCUGAAGAAAAAUUCUGAUGCUCUUACCCAUGGCAAACAAGAUGCCCAGAAUGGGCUUGUUGAAGAAGUUUCUCCUUCCUCAGAUGCUUUGACAAGGAUUUCUUCUUGGAGGAUGAUAGUGAGUGAGAAAAGCGAAGUUAACGUACCUGUAGAUGAUGCCAAGAAUCCCAGAUUUUGGUCAAGGGUAUGCUUGUGCAACAUGGCCAAGUUAGCCAAGGAAGCUACAACUGUACGGCGUGUCUUGGAAUCUUUGUUCCGCUAUUUUGAUAAUGGCAAUCUCUGGUCUCUAGAACAUGGUGUCGCUCUUUCUGUCUUGCUGGACAUGCAGUCAAUGAUAGAGAAAUCUGGGCAGAACAUACACUUUCUGUUGUCCAUCUUGAUUAAGCAUCUUGAUCACAAGAAUGUUCUUGAAAAUCCUAGUAUUCAGCUAGACAUUGUUGAUGUCGCUACCUCCCUUGCUCAACAAACUAAGGUUCAGCAUUCUGUGGCCAUAAUUGCAGCCCUGAGUGAUAUGAUGAGACACCUGCGGAAAAGUAUACACUACUCACUUGAUGAUUCAAAUCUGGGGGCUGAAGUAAUUCAAUGGAACCAAAAAUAUCGAGCUGCAGUUGACGAAUGCCUAGUGCAGUUGUCACACUUGGUUGGAGAUGCAGGUCCGGUUCUUGACGUUAUGGCUGUGAUGUUAGAGAAUAUGUCAAAUAUUACAGUUAUGGCCCAGACCCUGAUUUCCACUGUUUAUAGGACUGCUCAAAUUGUGGCAUCCAUACCAAAUUUGUCAUAUCAAAACAAGUCUUUUCCUGCCGCAUUAUUUCAUCAACUACUCCUAGCUAUGGUCUCUGCCAACCAUGAAAUAAGGGUGGGUGCACACCGUAUAUUUUCUGUUGUUCUUGUCCCAUCUUCUUUUUGCCCCCGUUCUUGUGCUGCUACUUCCUACUCCACCAAGGCAACUGAUAUUCAAAGGACACUUUCAAGAAAUGUAUCUGUGUUUUCUUCUUCAGCCGCACUCUUUGAGAAAUUGAAAAGGGAGCAGUGUUCAUUACAACAAAAUAGCUGUCCAGUUAUGACUUUAGAAGUUGAGGAUGAAAAGAUGAAUAAUAAUUCGAUUCUGAGCAGAUUGAAGUCAACUUACAGCCAAGGUCAUGGUUCAAAAAGGCAUCCAUCUACCAUAACCCCAGGUGAAACUGUAGAUAAUGGGGAUGCAACAGAAGAUAAUCAUUCCAUGCUAAACAAGUUGAAGCCAACUCACAGCCGAGUUUAUAGUAUUAAAAGGCUUUCAUCAUCUAUGGCUGUUGAAGAAAUAUCUGUUUGUAAUUCAAAUAAAGAACUGAUAUUAUCCCUUAAGUUGAGCAGUGUUCAGAUAACUCUACUACUUUCAUCAAUUUGGGCGCAGUCCAUCUCUCCUUUAAAUACACCUGAAAACUAUGAAGCAAUAGCUCAUACCUACAGCCUUGUGUUACUAUUUGCACGGACCAAGAACUCAUCCAAUGAGGUUCUAAUUAGAAGUUUUCAACUGGCAUUUUCUUUAAGGAGUAUUUCUCUUGGAGAAGGAGCAAUUUUGGAUUCCAUCUCUGCAACUGAAGAGAUGUAUUUUGCAGCAGCACUGCACCCAUCACGCCGCCGAUCUCUCUUUACUUUGGCAUCAUACAUGAUUAUCUUCUCAUCAAAAGUCUAUGAUGUUCUCCCACUUGUUUCACUUGUGAAAGCUGCACUUACAGAUGAAACGGUUGAUCCAUUUCUACGGUUAGUUGAUGAUUGCAAGUUGGAGGCUGUCAAUGCUGGACUAGACCAUCUGAUGAAAGUUUAUGGAUCAAAAGAAGAUGACGAAGAUGCUCUAAAGUCACUUUCAGCAAUAAAAAUAAGCAAGAGCCAAUGUAAAGAAUCAUUUGCUACUGCGAUUGUACAGACCCUGGGAAAAUCUUCCAAUCAUGAGUCAUCUUUUAUCAGAGAGCAGUUGCUUAGUGAUUUUUUGCCUGAUGACAUAUGCCCGUUGGGAGGUCAGUUAUCCAAGGAGACGCUGGGACAGUUCUACCAACUUGAAUUACAAGAUAACGAGCCUCUUGAUGUGGUUGACCAUCCGUUAUUUACAACUGAUGAUGACGUUUUACCCAAUGCAUUUGAAAGACCAGCUGAUUCUGGCACACAGCAGGGCAUGGAAAGUACAACCCUACUGAGUGUUGAUGAACUUUUAAAUUCAGUUUUGGAGACUACAAAUCAGGUAGGAAGAUUUUCAUUCUCAAACCCCAAUGACAUGACAUACAAGGAAAUGGCUGGCCAUUGUGAGGCCCUUCUAGUGGGAAAGCAGCAGAAGAUGUCCACUUUCAUGAGUCCCCAACAGGUUCAAGAAAGUUUAGUUAGCAUUUCUUCUCAUGAUUACCAUGGAAAAGAGCUGCCUCCUUAUUCCCCAGUUCAUCCUGUUUUUCCUUUGGGUGGAAAUCCAUUCCUUGACUCAAACAUGGGUGCUUCACACAACCCACCCAUUGGUAAUGGUCCUAUGCUUUGUGCAACUGAGUUUCAACAACAUCCCCACUUCUUUCAGCUCCCAUCAUCAAGCCCAUAUGAAAACUUUUUAAAGGCUGCUGGUUGUUGAUGCCCUUAAAUGGAUAGUAACUCUUAUAGGGAUGAUGUAUCGACUGGAGUUUUGUGGUGAUGCAUGCAAUGACUGGGGCUUGAACUCCUCGGUGGGCUACAUAAUGCUCAGAAUUCCUUGCAGCCGUUGCUUUCCAAAUUUUGCAUUGCCUCAGCGGUUAUAGCUGGAUCAGUGAUUGUGUUGUUUUCUAACUUUAGUCAAACAGUUCACCGAUUCAUAGCCAAUGCCAUCAUUAAUUUUUAUUCU